AUGGCAGCGAACGAGAGAAGCUCGCCGAGGAGGGUGGCACGAGUGCACUGUCUUAUGGAGCUCGCCCGCACAACGGCGGACCAGGAGGACUUGUUACCGGCGCGAUUCAAGACGGAGGUGGCGGGAGAGAUGAGCGGGCUGAGCGGGCGGGACAAGCUCGAGGUGGUCUUAUCACUGCGGUCGUCGUCGUCGAGCCAGCCUGCGGACACAAGACGACGACUGGAGACGAAGCGAUUGGAGCGGAUUCUGUGUCUGAUCUAUGUGGAGAUCGAGCGCCAUAAGGCGCUCCUCGACCAGUUGUUGAUCGAUGUAGAGGUGCUCAUCGAUGGCUUCAGUCAACGAGACCGGGCCGAUUCGGCCUUCUUCAGUCCCUCCUCCUCCACCCUUGAGACAGAGGAUGGUCUCUUUAACACUCUCGCUCUCGGCGGCACCUUCGAUCAUUUGCAUUCCGGACACAAGAUCCUGCUCACCAUGGCGGCUUGGUUGACGACUCAUAGAUUGAUCGUUGGGAUCACAGGCCAGUCGCUCGUAUCCUCCAUCCUCCCCUUUCUUCCUAACAUAUAUAACAAAGAAAGAGCCCCCCUCUUCCCGCUAAGACUAACACAUGAUGAGCUGCUCAAGAACAAGAAACAUGCGAGCCAACUAGAGACAAUCGAAGUGCGCCAAGAAGCCGUCCGAGCGUUUGUGGAAAGGGUGGGUCCGAGCGACCUUCGGACGGAGACGCCGCGGCUGCAGGACGUGUAUGGCCCCACGGCGACCGACCCGACGAUCGACGGGCUCCUGGUCUCCCUCGAAACUCUGCCCGGCGCCAAGGCUAUCGACACCAUUCGCGCCCAGAACGGCCUCACGUCCCUCAGGACUUACGUCAUCGACCUCAUCAGUAAUCAGCUUACUCUCGCCCAACUCGAUCAGCUGAACCUCAAGAUCAGCAGCACUCAGAUUCGCGCUUGGCUCGAUUCUCAUUAA